AUGCGCGAUCAGAGGCAGUACCUGAGCAACGGAAUGGACGCCUUCAUGGAGUUUGAGCGAGAUAUGGCCCGCAAGCGGAGAAAAGACAAUGAGAAACUUCUUGAUUACGAGCUAAGUCUACAAAGCCAGGAGCGGCGAAAAAAACCCGAACGUCCGGCGCCUAAGUAUCACCUUUCGCUUUAUCCAAGUAGAAAUGACGAAAAGUUGUUGACUGCACGCCAGAAGCUACUUAUAGAUGACGAUCGUGCUGUCUUUGAGAUCAAGGCAAACAAUGUUAUCAGCGCGCCGCACAAAACCACGGAGGGAGCAUUGCGGACGGUGCAUCACAUUGACAUCAAUGUUCGGGAUGAUCAGCAAGAGCUUGUUUGCGUGCACGCAUCAAAUAUUGGUGUUUACAAACCUAACGACCUCUCUGUGGUGGAACAAAUGGUUGAUCACUUGCGCGAGAUAGAUCUAAAUGUUAUGUAUGUAGCCGAACCUCUUCCUCACACCACAGACAAAAGUCAGCAGCAGAUUUCAUUACAACGCCAAACGUUUCAGUAUCGUCCAUUCGCCUGCACUGGAUCGGUACUCGACGCGCUGACGUGGAAAUUUGACCUGGAAUCGACUCCUCGACCCAGCUUUUUGCGCGAUCUCGCCGCGUACGCCUCAGAAGAGAAUGACGUUGCGGCGUUGAUGUUACCUCAAACCGCUGAAGCCAUUCAAGCUGAAUCACGCCACCAUCGAGCAACGAUAGCGGACGUCUUUAAACGAUUUCCUUCAGUGCGCUUGAGCUUUGCUGACUUUUUUCAGAUUGCUCCGUAUAACUUUCCGCGGUACUACACGGUAUCGUCGUCACGACAGUUUGUCCCCGAUACCGUUUCAAUCACAUUGGGUCUACGCGAAACAAGUUCACUGCCGCCACCGCGGUGCUCAACGUACCUAGCGAUGUUGAAGCCGGGUGACAGGGUUCGCGCUUGCUUUUAUCAGUCGUCUUUUGUUUUUCCGUUCCACAAUAAACUUCCUAUCAUGCUCGUUGGUGCGGGUACAGGAAUCGCACCGUUCCGAGCAUUUCUUCAAGACUUAGAGCAUGAAAACCAAUUGCCUUCCCAGCAGCACAGGCCAGCUUAUCUCUUUUACGGAUGUCGUGACGCAAACGUCGACUUUUUGUACGGUAAUGAGUUGCAGCGUGCGUUAGACUCUGGUGUGCUAAAUCAACUUCACGUGGAGUUUUCAGACAAUCAUGGCUGUCCAAAACGGUAUGUUCAGGAUGCAUUGCUUGACCAUAGCGAGCUCGUGGCGCGACAUCUUUUGAAAAAUGAAGGUUACAUUUAUGUGUGUGGCAGUUUUGCCAUGGGCCGUGCCGUAAAGAAAGCUAUCGUGACGGCAAUACUCAACCACCCUGAGUUUUUGCACAGGCCAAUCGUCACGAAGGAGGAUGCCGAACAGAUUGUGUCGCAGAAAUUAGCAAGACGGCUUAUUGUGACGGAACUCUGGUAG